UAUAAAUGCAAACUAUAAAAGUAUAUAUACCAACAAAUCCAAACGCAUCAUCAUUCCCAUUGUAAUCAUGCGCUUGAGGAAAGUUUUAUUCGUUUGUGCCAUACUGUGCGCGCAGAUCUCUUGGAUUGAAAGCGUAUUCAGACCGAAACCAAAAUGUAACCAACCAAUAAACAUCUACGACAACUUGAAAUGCAAACCAAAGUUUGGAAAACAAGAGAAAAUCUGUCCAGAAUGCUAUGAUUGCUCCCAAAUUGAUCCGAAAAUUAAUAAAUGUUAUUAUCAGGGUAAAUAUUACAAAAUUGGUGAGCAAAUUGACGACAACGCAAAUUUACCAAGUUGUUAUGUUGGGUGCUACUGCAAUGAUGAUUUAACAUUUACGUGCGCCGUUACGGAUUGCGCAUAUCCGAGCAUUCCUGAUGGUUGCUACUUUACCAACGAGGUGAAUCAAUGUUGUCCAUCAGGAUUAAACUGUCCUGAUAAUAACACGUUAAUUUGUAACGUUGGUUACGAUGUGUACGAAGGACAAACCUUUCAAAACCCUAAAGAUGAAUGCAGUAAUUGUAAGUGUGCACGAGGAGUCACAGGCGACCCAGGAGACCCACAUUGCAAAAAAACUGCCUGUGAUGUUGAAAUUACUCAAAGCAAUUAUAUUCUGGGUUACUGUGCUGCUGUUUAUGCUCAACUCACAGAUUGUUGUCCAUAUGACUACAUGUGCCCAAGAGACGAUGAUGUCUUCUAUUCUUGUUAUGACUCUUCAUCCAGCUCUGAUUCUGAUUCCGUACCAGAUUCGCAAGGUCCAAGGGUAACUUGCGACGAUCACAAUGCUUGUAAACAAUGUCGUUAUGGAAAAUCAUGCUAUCCACUUGGCACGAAGUUUUCACGUUAUGUAUACGACCCUGAUUCACCUACUGAUGAUUGGUACCAGUUUACUGAAUGCGAAUGCAACAUUCCUCCAUAUUUCACAUGCACCAGAACUUUUGAGCGGCCUAGUACUGAAUAAAUAUCACUUGAAAUGAAUAAAUAAUAAAAGGAGAAGGAUUUGAUAA